GACCUGGGAUCCAUCUCCACCACUCUGCCCAAAGCCAUGGCCAAUUCCCUCUGGAACAACAGGGUGGUCUUCUAUGAAGGAUGUGCUGCACAGGUCUUCUUUUUUGUCUUCUUGGUUGGAACAGAGUAUUUCCUUCUCACUGUCAUGUCCUACGACCGCUACGUUGCCAUCUGCAAGCCCCUGCACUAUGGGAGCCUCCUGGGCAGCAGAGCUUGUGCCCAGAUGGCAGCAGCUGCCUGGGGCAGUGGCUUUCUCGAUGCUGUCCUGCACACAGCCAGUACAUUUUCCCUGCCUCUCUGCCAAGGCAAUGCUGUGGACCAGUUCUUCUGUGAAAUCCCCCAGAUCCUCAAGCUCUCCUGCUCAGACACCUACCUCAGGGAAGUUGGGGCACUUGUGUUUAGUUUUUCUUUGGGCUUUGGUUGUUUUGUUUUCAUUGUUUUCUCCUAUGUUCAGAUCUUCAGGGCAGUGCUGAGGAUGCCCUCUGAGCAGGGCCGGCACAAAGCCUUUUCCAUGUGCCUCCCUCACCUGGCUGUGGUGUCCAUGUUUUCCAGCACUGCCAUGUUUACCUACCUGAAGCCCCCCUCCAUCUCCUCCCCAUCUUUGGACCUGGUGGUGUCAUUUCUGUACUCAGUGGUGCCUCCAGCAGUGAACCCCCUCAUCUACAGCAUGAGGAACCAGGAGCUCAAGCAUGCAGUAAGUAAAAUCUUUGGAUACAUGCUUCUUCAGAAUCAGUAA